AAGAGCUUUAACGUGUUGAGAUUUUCUUCAACACACUCUUUGUGUUUUUCAUUUGCGUGAACCACUACACGAGGUUGUAGUAACGUGGUAGAUCCAACAGGUGGCACUAGAAACCGUCGAAACAUGGAGCCUGAACAGGAGGUUUAGUAUUCUGAUACAGCUGACGAGGCCAAGGAUGCUGAGGGCUCGUCGCUCUACCAGCCCUAUCAAGGGGGCAUCUACCCAUCGCAGUCCCACCAGACACUCACCUGUUAAAGGUGGCACGUACGAUUCAGAGAUAAUGAGGGUGUUACGAGAAAGAGAUGAACUGCAAAACAUGUUGGAGAAACAAGAGCGGCACCUCUCAGAGAUCCAGGCCAAUGUUAAAGUGCUCACAGCCGAACGGGACAAGACCAGAAUGCACUACCAGCAGGCUCAAGAGGAGAUAGCAGCUCUACGACGGGAGGUCAUGAAGUCAAAGGCCGCACGAGGGCCCAAGAGCAGUGUGACCGCUCAGAGCAUCCUGAAACUGGAGCAGGAGCGAGGGGAACAGAAAAGCAGGCACACUCAGAUGAGGGAGACAAUGAUGAGUCUGGAGGAGGAAAUUCAAAUACUUGGGCGAAAACUCAAUGCCAGUGAGGAAGAACUCACCCGCCUAAGAAAUGAGUGCAGCAGCCGCAGACUCACAAAUAAUCAGUUGGAAAUCUCUCUGAGUGAGAAUCAGCGAAGACUAACCAGCAGGAUUGGAGAGGUACACAACACUCAGGAGAGAAAUAAAAUGCUGGAUGAGAAGAAUGACUCUCUCCUGAGGCAGGUGACUGCUAUGCAAGAGGAGAUGAACACACUGCGGGGAACAGUCUCAGAGCUGGACCAGCACAGAGUUUUGCUGCAGGAACAACUGGAGAAAAAGACAGAUCUGCUCAGCACAGCAGAUGACCAGCUAGAUGAGAAGGAGAAAACCAUCAGGAGCUUGAAACUGAGAACCGAGGAUCUUGGGACAACUCUAAUUGUGUUAUGUUCACCAUCCAGAGCUCUGAGGGAGACCGUAGCUGGCAGAGAAAGAGAGCUGGAUUUUCUGAGGAGGAAGCUGUCAGACUCUGACAACAAGAUGGGCACAGUGAUGAAAGUCAAAGACGCCACAUUGCAAAAGAACGGCCAGCUGAGGGAAGACCUUGACAAAGCACAUCUGGAGAAUCAGACUUUACAGCUCAAGCUGGAUGAAGCUAAUGAGGAAAUAGAAGACUUGCAGAAAAAAGUACAAGUUCACAAUGCUGACAUCUCACGCACUGAAGAUCUGUUGUCUGCUAAGGAGCGUGAGUGCAGAGAACUGCAAGAGUCUCAAAGGAAAGCGUCACUUCAGGUGGAAAGCUGGGAGGAGCAGGCCAGACAUGCUGAAACCACUGUCAUUGAACUCCGUCUUGAGCUUCACAACUCAAACUUAGAGAUCCUUCGACUCAAAGAAAGAGCAGACAGCCUAGAGAGCAGCCUGCAACAGGCACUGAGUGCAGAGCGUAGCUGUACUAGCCAGCUGUCUCAGCUUAACCGAAAGAUGAUUCACAUGGAGGAAGUUCUGCGUCAGGCCCAGACUGAGCGUAUACAGGUGCAGACCGACCUGGAAAAAACACGAGAGCUCUGCGUCAAACUGGACGCCAGCAAAGAAGCUGUGCAGAGUGAGCUGGAAUCAUGCCGCUCUGAGAUUGAGCUGUUACAGAAGCAGCUGGCCAGCGAACGUCUGUCUGUUCAGACUUUGGAGAGCCUGCUGGUGUCUUCACGAGAAAAGGAGUUACAGAGGCAGCUCACCUCUCAGGAAAGACCGACUGAAAUACAAAUUCUCAAGGACAAACUCAGCAUGGCUGACAGCAAAGUGAGUUCUCAGAGUAGGGAAAUGGCUCAACUGAGGACACGAUCAACCCAGCUGGAGGCAGAUAUUGAGAUGACCAAGAGACACCUGGCCACUGAGCACUUUGAACGGGAGCGUGCAGUACAGGAGCUGCGUAGGCAAGGACUCUCAGCUAUUUCUCCUGUCCUCUCCUCCACUAUGCGCUCCUCAUCCACUUCCCGUCGUCGCUCUCUGAGUCCUCACAGAUCAUGGUCUCCAGAACGCUCUCAUCACAGCACACCUGACCCACUGCUUGUGCCACAUUACCCUGACAGGAGUCUGAAUUUCAGGGACCUUUAUGACUGACAAGAUCUCAAUACUCCAAUUUUGCUGGCAUAAUUCAUUCAUUUCAUCUCCUUAUGUCUUGGAUUCUGAAGACAAUCAAUAGACUCUGAUCUCUGAUUUCAAUAAAUCAAAUGUUUACCAUGAUUUUUACAGUUUUGCUGAAAUUGUUUGAC